CCCAUCCAUUGUUCCUUUUGUCUUAAAUGUCGACUCUCCAUCUCACCAUGGGUUUUCUGGAUGCAAAUUCCGCCGUCAACACGUCACUCAGCAGCCCAAACAAACAAGACCACGCCCCUCCAGAGUGGCCAACCGUCCAAGUUCGCGACGACCACAAUCACACAAGACACGCACUCUGGCCGCAUUUGGGCCGAGCUUUGAACUGAUUGUCUCACGUUGAAGUUGGGCGUACCUAUCCGUCAACUUGCUGUCUCUCCAUAGCCAAAACAGGGCCCUCGACUUGAGACAUACGAUGCAAGUAUUUAGGGACCCGAACCUCCCAACCGUCUUCCCGUGAUCCAUGACAGCAGCACCAACUCGAUUCCUGGAUCUCUCAGUCGAUUUCUUCUUCAUUCUCUCUGGAUCAGGUGGCUCGUGGUACGAUCCUUACCUCGAAAUCAAGACACUUGACGACUUAGGCUACCUCAGCUGCAAUCCAUGCGGACUUGUUCAGGCGUGGCACCCCGCAUCAGAACGUAUUGGCCUCUUCGGCCUAUCGCCAGAUCAGCACAGCAUCCGGAGCGGCUUCACAUGGGCAAUACUCUGCUCAUAAACCGCCAGUGAAUCCUACGUUGUAUGUGAUGUCACCCUUGAUUGCUCAAUUUCUUCCUCUGUUCUGUCACUGGGAACGGUUGUCCAGUCCUCAAUUUGUGGCGCCGAGCCCCUGAAGACGCCGCGGGAGUAUCGGUGCUAUCAGAGGGAGCUUGGCGGAAUGGGGUGGAUUAUCUGGAGCUUUGCAUUUUCAGCUAUCAGGCCUCGCCAAGGACAUUGGCUUCACUUCAAACAGCAGCACUGACUUCGGACACAGUUUCUACAAACCUUGGCAACAAAACUUAUUCUGUCCAACCCGAUAUAGUUGAUGGAUAAGGUCCUCCACGCCACCUCCCUCCCGAUCCUGCCUGGCGCCAUCAUGUCAAAAAACGAUGCUCCUGAAGUGGAGCAGCUCUUCAAAGAGAAUGGCCGCCUCUAUCAGGUGUGGCCGAGGGACAGAUAUUUGCUUCCAGCAGAUCAAACUGAGCAAGACCGCCUCGACAUUUUCAGCCAAUUGUUCAAAAUAAUUCUCAAAGAAAAGUUACACACAGAUGCCUCGAGAGUGGAAGAAAAUUCUCAUGUUCUAGAUCUCGGCUGUGGAACCGGCCUCUGGGUCAUACUUAUGGCCCAUGAGCUACAUCCUAAACCAAGCCUUUUCAUAGGGGCGGAUGUUCAAAUGACGCAACCGGAUCUAAUCCCAGCAACAGUCAGAUUCACACCAGCCGACAUCGAAGCACCUUGGACGGACGAGAUGGUUCAACAUGCGCCUUACGACCUGAUAAACUGCAGGUUGAUGAAGGGCGCUAUUCGUUCAUGGCCUGCUCUAUACGAAAAGAUCGCAGCUCACCUGAAGCCGGAGACAGGUGUUUUUGAACAAUUUGAGAUCGACUGGCAGUUCAGGUGUGACGACGGCCCCAUACCGCCAGCUUUAAAACAGUGGUCAGAUGAGGUCAUGCAGGCUAUGGAUCAACAUGGCAUGUCGAUUCGAUGUAACCGCGAAGAAACUCGGUCGAUGCUACUGAACCAUGGGUUCGAUGACGUUCAGGAGCAGGCUAUCGUGCUUCCCAUCAGUAAUUGGGCUGAAGAUGAGCGCGGCCGAGAAAUUGGGCGCUGGUUUAAUCUCGCCCUCAACCACAGCACUCUGCCUAUGUCGCUUGCGCCUCUGUUCCGCGUUAUGAAGAAGACACCUCAAUAUAUCGACGAACUCAACAAGGCUGCAAGCCGGGAGGUAUGCUCUCAGGCGCAUACGGAUGGUGUUUACUGCAUGCUUUAUAUAUGGACUGCCCGGACCAGGCCUUCUCGACGUCGAUGAACCCAAACAUAGGCCAAAAAGACUCGUUUUCAUCCAGCUAGUCAGAUGUCUAUGUCUAACCACCUGUGUGGUUCUAAUCCAGUUAUUAUUCAUGUACUCUUUUCUUAUUUUCUUAUUACUUCUUAUCCUCAUCCUUAGCGUUAUCCCGUAUUUCGCAAGGCUCGCGUGAACAUCAUUCCACUAUGACAUUUUUGUGUCAGUUACCUUACGAUUUCCCUCUUCUUUUCUUGUUCGGCCAUCUUGGGGCAGGAUAUUGGUUUGCAUUGGCUUUUUUUUUGGUGGGGGGGG